AUGGGCGCUGAUAUAAAGGCAAGACGGGCGGCAAACGGGUCCGAGUCGCGGCCCAAGCGUCUUCACCAGUGCCUUUACUCAUCAAAAUACACAAUGUCCGUGCAGCUGGGAGGCUCCAGUUUUGCUACAUGGGCGGCGCAACGUGCCCAGGGAUUUGGUGGUAACCUGACCGUGGUGGACAAGGUGCCCCCUGAAAUGCUCCACCUGGUGGACGCCUACUGGUACCAAUACGCGCCCCUCAACCCCCUUUGGCAUGGCAUUCUGGGGUUCAUGAUUGGGGUGCUUGGCUUCAUCUCCGUCAUAGGAAACGGCAUGGUGGUGUAUAUUUUCACGGGAACCAAGGCGCUGAGGACGCCCUCUAAUCUCCUGGUGGUCAACCUGGCGUUCUCCGACUUCCUGAUGAUGUUCACCAUGUCGCCGCCUAUGGUAAUCAACUGCUACUACGAGACUUGGGUGUUGGGGCCGUUCUUCUGCGAGCUUUAUGGCAUGUUCGGGUCGCUGUUCGGAUGCGCCUCCAUCUGGACAAUGACCUUCAUAGCUCUGGACCGCUACAACGUGAUCGUCAAGGGGCUGAGCGCCACUCCUUUGACGAAGAAGACGGCCAUGCUGCGCAUUCUUCUGAUCUGGGCAAUGUCGACCGGCUGGACCAUCGCCCCCUUGUUUGGCUGGAAUCGGUAUGUUCCCGAAGGAAACAUGACGGCCUGCGGCACCGACUACUUGACCAGGGACAUUCUGAGCCGCAGCUACAUCAUCGUCUAUUCAGUCUUUGUGUACUUCGCCCCUCUCCUACUGAUCAUCUAUUCUUAUUGGUUCAUCGUCCAGGCCGUGACCGCGCAUGAGAAGUCAAUGCGCGAGCAGGCCAAGAAGAUGAACGUGGCGUCGCUGCGCUCCUCCGAAGCUGCCCAAACCAGCGCCGAAUGCAAGCUGGCUAAAAUCGCCCUUAUGACCAUUUCGCUGUGGUUCAUGGCCUGGACACCCUACCUAGUCACCAACUACUCGGGCAUCUUCGGCAACGGAAAAAUCACCCCGCUGGCCACCAUUUGGUGCUCGUUGUUUGCCAAAGCCAACGCCGUCUACAAUCCGAUAGUUUACGGCAUCAGCCAUCCGAAGUAUCGGCAGGCGCUCCAGAAGAAGUUCCCGUCGCUGGUGUGCGCUGGCACAGCCCCAGAUGAUGCCACCUCGCAAGUAUCCGGCGUGACCAAUGUUGCCGACGAAAAACCCGCUGCGUGAUUUACGACUUUUCCAUCGCAAAAUAAACCCUGCUGCUGAAAGUGA